GAAUUGUCGUUUGAAGUAAACAGUAUGGAUAUUUGCCAGUAAGAUAUUCUAAUGAAAUAUGGUAAAAAUCAUAUAAUCAAGAAGUGAUUUAAAAGUGUUUUAUUCCAAGGAAUAAACAUGUGGCCUAUGCUCUUAGACCUGACCCGCGAUGAAUGUCGUCGGACGCUUAGAAGACUCGAAUUGGAGGCCUACUCGAAUAUGGUAAAUGUGUUUAGAGCACAAGGAGCAUUAGAAGACAACAGAAAAAAGUUGUUGGAGGAACUGCGCGCCGUUUUGCAUAUAAGCCACGAUCGCCACAGUGCUGAGGCGCGGCGCGUGUCCAAUGAUGAGGUGUUAGCUACCAUAGCUGAACAAUUAUCUGGUCCAAACACAGGUCUAGGAUGGAUUAUCGAAGGUCGCAGAAAAAUUCCUUUAAUGCCGCGUGGCAUCGCACAGACUAUGUACACCGAGAUUGCGGAUAAAGUGCAAGAGACGACAGUGGAAGAAAAUAAAGAAUUGCAAAAGAAAAUGGAUGCUGAAGAACUUGCAGCGCCGAAGUCUAAUGAAGAAGAGAUUUCUGAUCCAGCCACAGCUGAUGCAGCAUUGCAAUGCAAUGAAAGCAUGGAAGAGAUAUACCCACCAGUUGCCAUGGAAGACAACUCAGCCAAAAUUUGGGAAACUGAAUUAAUAUGUCGUAAAAGAAAAAUUCCUGAAAGUAGCGUAUCAAAUGAAGACAUCUCACCGCCAGUUAAGAACAUGAGAAAUAUACCUGUGAAUGUAAAUCAGAAACAUCUCAAUAUAUCACAAGUAUACUCAAAAUAUUCACAACCAACCAUCAGCAAAUCCUCAAGUCAAUCCAAGCAUUCGUAUAAUCAAGUUAGCAAACUUUCUUCAAGUAAAUCAAGUCAGACACAAGCACAGCGUUCACAACACAGACAUAGAACGCAUAAACCAAGAAUGCCCAAGUCCCAUAAAAAAUCUCAAGAAAUACAAAUGUCACCUAAUAAACAAUAUAACCCGGUUUCGAUGCAGCUAGAAUACUCAGGGCCGCCUAACUCAUUCCAGGCUACCUAUGCUCAGUCCAUAUUGGGAAAUAAAAACAAAUCUGAUUACAUUGACGAAAUGAAAACAAAAGUGAAAUCUUCACCUGGGAUGGUGAGCGAAUCACCUACAAUGCAUUUGUUAAGUCAACCAGCGACUGUGCCUCACGAAUUAGGCGUAUCAGAAAACGCACACCCUGACGAUCACUCGUCCUUACAAGCUCAAAGUACCCCAAUACCCAAACAGAAUGCUGCGGGCAAACAAUGCCAACUGUUAAUUAAAAAUAGAUCCGAGACAGACAAAAAAGUACAAAUGCAAGACUUUAAAAUUGUACAAAAGCCUAAUGAUAAUAUAAAGAUACUCUCUAAUCGGCAAGUCGUCGUUGCGCCAAGUUCUACUCAGAAAGCAUUGAACACAAGAAAACUUGUCACAACAAAAGUUAUUGGUUCGAUACCAAAGGGGCGAUCUUCCACAACUCCAGUUAAAUCGAUGUCAGAGAAGAUGGUUGUUGUAUCAAAACCUAUUGACAACAGAAUAUCACACCCGAAAUUUGUUAUAACCUCUUCCUCGAGUACAUCAAUGAAAAAUCCUACAAUUAGUGCAAAUAACUUAUCACCCCCAACUUCGGAACCUUUGACCCCCAAAGGAAUUCCAGCAACAGAUUUGAAGGUAUCAGCAAAAACAUUUGUUUUGAACCCCAAAUCUGGACAAAAAAUGGUCGUGCUGCCGGCGAAAACAAGCAAAGAAGGCCAAGUACCAUUGUUCCACUUUAAAGGAAUACCCACUGCAAUGAAACUAGUGUCUGUAAGCUCGCAACCAAAUACGCCCGUUGCAAAAUUAAAUCCAGGUAUUGCAACACCGAAGCCAUCCGUUCCGGUACCUUCAAGUACAAAAAUAGUAGGUGUUGAGCAAAUAAAAACUGCUAAUUUAGCAGAUAUUGUCCCAGUGAAGGGUACAACCCCAGUAGCAACACAGAAAAUUACGAAUCCUAUUGUCCGACCUGUGAAUACCAAAGGGAAUGUCAUUGUUGUUCCGAAAGGCGCCACAAUUGGAAAAGCGUUAACGUUUACAAAAAACGGGAAUGAUAUGUCAAAAAUUAUAAUGGGAAAAAAUGUAAAUAAACUUCUACAAGCUAAGUCUGAACAAGGAGAGUCAUCUAAGUCAGGCAAUGUAAUUGUUUUAGAACUUAACAAUGAACAAUCGGGAAGGACCACUACUAUGUCUGAAAUACUAGAUAGUCGCGUUCCUAAUACAACGCGUAGUCACGAAGAGAGUAAACAAGAUAUUAAUCAGACAAUUACUCAAGAUACGCCUGUAUUAUUUGAAAAUCAAAUUGCCGUAGAGAGUUGUAACACUGCGAGUUUAGACUCGGCUACGAGUAUGGGUGAUAUAGUUCCUAUGGAAGAAGGUUCUCUUGGCAUGAUUGUCAAAAAUGAAGAACCUAAGUCUACAUUUAGUCAAGACACUGAAGUCGUUAAAGAUUCUUCAAGUGUUACAGACUGGGAAAUGGAGCUCGAAACGGUCACAUCGAGAAAGGAGAAGGUUGACGAUAAACUAAACUCUUUACACCUAGAUCUCGGCAUGUCCAGUGAAAGUGAAAGCGAAUACAUGGUCGAUAGCGGGAAAAACAAGAGCGAGCACUCAUCGCAAGACAGCAUACAGCAAGAGACACGAGGGAUGAGCAGUGAAAUAUAUAGCGGCUCGGGUCUUUCGCUAGCCACGAGAACGUUGCUCAGCCAGUUGCAGGACGAGGGCUCGUCGAGCAAUGACUCUUCGUUCGCGCUCAAAUCCAAAAAGCCCGACAAGGCCGGCGAGGGUAGCGCCAAAGCGGACAGAUCCGAGUCAGACGCGUUGUCCAAGGCGAAAGCGAAGCUCACUCAAAAGGUGGCGGAAGCGCAAUCUCAGCAAAAGCGGAUAGACGUGUACAGUACGGCAAUAACGACGUCGGAGAUAAAUCUCGAAUCGUUUUCGUAUUUAGAUGAGAGUCUGAUGGCGGGCGACGACGAGUUCCCGGACUCGAAGCGGGAGCCGCGCCGCAACAUGCUGGACGAGCAGCUCAGCCGCUUGCUCGGCGAGGACUCGGCCAACUCGUCCGACUCGCAAACUGUAAGUGAACGUUUGCCUUUAACGAGUAACGACCAGUGAACGGAGUGCGCUGUGCGAGGUUGUGCUUUGUGAUAUGCCGUGUAUAUAUUGUUAUUGUCUGUGGUGAACUUUCUUGUUUUCUGUGAAAAUAUAUUGACACUUACAUGC